CCCAGAGAGCAGUUUGGGGUUCAGUGCCCUGUGCACAUCAGUCGUGGUAUUGCCAGCCCAAGACUCGAACCCACAACAUUAGGGUUUGGAGUCAAACUCUCUAACCACUAGGUCACAACUUCCCCAUGGCUUCCCUACGUGUCCCGUGAAACAUGUCAAUAUCUGUUUUUUCUUAAGUCAGACAAAGGGAACGAACAUAUUAAUUUUAAGGGAAAAUUUAAGAUUAUUUUAAAAACCUGCAGAAGCCAUCAAAUCAGUGCCUAGGGGUCCCCCCUUCUCCCCACCCCUCUAAUUAUUAUUUAAUAUUACACAUACACUACCAUUCCAGUUUUGGGUCUGUAAGAUUUCAAAAAAGGUAAAACAGUAAUAUUAUUAAAUACCAUUACAAAUUCUAACAGUUUUUGUAAUUAAUUCCUGCAAUGGUAAAGCUGAAUUUUCAGCAGUCAUUAUUCCAGUCUUCAGGGUCACAUGAUCCUUCAGAAAUUAUUCUAAUAGUCUGAUCUGGUGCUCAAAAAGCAUUUCUUCUUAUUAUCCCAGUCGAAAACAGUCAAGCUGCUAAAUACUUUUGUGAAAACCAUCAAUAAAAUACAUGUAAAUGUCUACUUCUUUUUAUAAAAUUAAAGUCCCUGCUAAAUAAAUGAAUUAAUAAUAAUAAUAAUAAUAUUAAUAAACCACUUACCCAAAACUUGAAUGGUGAUGUUUAUUACUGGGGUUGGUGGGACUCCAAACAUGAAGUCAGUCUGAACAGAACAUGAAGGUUAAAAUGCUAAGUUAUGAUUGUAAUGCCACUGUGUACCACUUUAUUAAUAAGCUGAACCAAAUACUGAAUUGUGCCUUGCUUUCUACACACUCCUUUCCCCUUAUGACCAGAACAUGUUUUUGAGAAAGAUUUAAACAUUUCCUAAUGUAUAUUCAUUGUAUUAUUAUUAAUAUUUUUUUAUUAUUAUUAUUUUAUUAUUUUAAUAGAAGGCCUACAUUAUGUUGUAAGAUAUGGGAUUGGAAAUGUGUGCCUCUCUCUAGAUUGCCACUUUCAUUGUCACUUUAACAGGCCUAUCAGAAACUAUUAUCUCUGUUUCGUGUGUUUCAUUCAUUCUAUAUCACACAUCCUACAUGCUGCACAAGUGUGUUUUCAGAGAUGUUUUGUCAGUUACACAUCAUUUUGUCUGUAUAUUACUAUGACCUGUGCAUAUAAAACACAGUAUGAUACAGAAAUUGUAUGGUUGAUUUUUUUAUUUGUAACCAAUAUUGAUAUAUCAAACCGAAAGUUUUGUGUGUUCUUGUACUUUAUUUCUCUUUGCUAUAUCAUUAAGAUGCCAGAAUUCCUGGAAAUGAAUGUAGUAAGAUUGCUCAAGCUCAUGCAACCUUUACCUGAGGGAAGGUCACCUGACUAAGGCCCAUUACGGGUUCAAUGAUCCGGAUCUUGGUUCUCCACUGGCCCUGUGUCCUGUCACUCAUUCCUGCCCUUCACCUCUAUGAGGACACAUUCAUAAAGCUCCACACGCUCAGCGAUACUUUCCUCUGUGAGCUUAAGAAAUCCACUGCUGGACUUGUACGUUUUUCCAUGGCCGAAAACAAGCCGUACCGCUAUGGGCUCAUCAUUCUGGGGAUGGCGUUCAUGGCGUUGGGUCUGUUCAUGAUGUCUGUAGAGAAGCCACAGGUGUUUGCCACGUUCUGUGCUGCGGGAGUGAUAAUGGUGGUCAUUGGGUCUGUCUGGUCGGUGUGUCAGUGUUACCCCAGGGUGACUGUUAUACUGCCAGAUAAGGAAGAUCUCUGUGGGGCUGAAAAACAGGACUUAAGUGCUGGAAGUUCAGACGUUAAAAGUCCAACGAAAUUAAUAAGAGCUCCCCUGGCUGGGUUCAGCGAUGAUGAAGUAGAAAUAUCGGCAGAUCCAAAACGCCACACGGAGAAGAAACCUGGUGACCAUGUCACCGUCCUCCACACAUGUCGAAGCUCUCCCAGUGUUCUGGCCUGCUCCAGCUCUCCACCGAUGGACAGAAGAUCUCCACGACCAGACCCCAGCAGAGACAUGUACUAUGGGAAAGUGGAGGACUCCUGUUUCUACACAUCUGAGCUGGAGAGUGAAUAACUACUGCUGAUCCUAAUGGCCAAAUCACCCUCUACAUCUGACAUAAAAGAUUUGACAUGUAGUCGUACAUAUUUUAAAUAACUUGUAAAACAACAAAACAGCUAUGCAUGUAAUUUCUGUGCCAUCACGUUUUACAUUAGGCUGAUACAGUAAAUGUGUGAAUGUCACAAUGUCUGGCCAUGACUUUGUCAACAGCAUGAUAAUAGAAUUGUUCAACCAUCAGGGAAACGAAGCUGGGAAAGUUUAAGCAUUAGGUGAUGAAAUACUUGUGACCUUGCCUCAUGUCUCCACGCAGACCAGAGGACACUGAAAAAGCCCGGUGUGAAGUUUUUAUAUGUGUUUGUGGUGCUCUAUUCCUUUACAUCUGAGACAGCACAAUAAUUAUAAUUAUAGUUUAUAGGUUUAUAGACUAUUUAAAUGUAUUAUUUGAAAAAUUCUAUUAGUUUAAUGUGUAAAGUGAUUAAUUGUUGAGUGAGUUGUAGAUAUUGUAAAUCAUGGGAAGACGCAUGUUGCAAUACUAUAAAUCUUGGCCACAAAUGAUAUAAAUGCUCACACUCAUUUGUUUUUCUGUCAGGGUGGGGACUUUCCAUUUUAAGGGUUCCAUUUGUGCCAAAAAGGAGUCAACUGCUUUGUGCUAUUUGUCCAUGUCUACAUUGCCUAUGUGUUAAGAUGAACAAAGAACAUCGUCAUCAACAUCUAAAUUAUGUUGGUUUAUGUCAUCCUCCUUGCCAAGCUAGUUCUGUCAAUUAUGGAAGGCGUUUUCCAAAGAUUAUGCUGUUCAUUUGUGCCAAAAAGGAGUCAACUGCUUUGUACAAUACAUUUGUUUAUGUCUUUGCUGUUGUUUCAUUUGUGUUAUCUACUUGUGUCGUCCUCCCUGUCAUGCACUCAGCUCUGUUUUAUGCUUUAUACAGUAAGUUACUGCUGUCAGCGAACAAUCUGUAUUUUUAGAGUUAUCCAAUUUAACAAAUAUGUUUUGAUACUUUUUCCACUAUAGAGCUUUUACAAUCUUUCUAACACUCUGACAAAUUAUGAAGACAAAAGGACUACACUGUAGAUUCGCUCAAGUUUAUAGAACUAUAAUAUAAAUGCAUCUAGAAUUUUUGAAAACUUAUUGAACAAAUUUACAUGUUCUGUUUAUUUAGAUUAUGAAAAAUAACCGUGCUUCACGAUGCCACAGAUAAAAGAUCCUUUUUUGUCUAACUGGUUUCAUAA